AUGGCUUCCAAGCUUGCAAAGGCUCCUCACCAGGAGGAGCGCGAGGAGGCGCUCGCUGCUGCUCCAGAGAUCCCCAAAGUCAUCUGGCACAAGUCCCCUAAUAUGCGCAAGCUGUAUUUCUACGCCAUGAUCCUGUGCAUCAACUCCGCCACCACUGGCUUCGACGGUUCCAUGUUGAACGCCAUGCAGUUCUUCCCCACCUGGAUCAAGUUCUUCAACGACCCCGAGGGCAGCAGACUCGGGCUACUCUCCGCCAUGUACUCCAUCGGUUCCAUCGCCUCUCUGCCAUUCGUCCCGAUUUUGUCUGAUCGAUUCGGCCGCAAGGCUCCUAUCAUCGCUGGCUGCAUUAUCAUGAUCUUGAUGGCUGCUGUUCAGGCUUCUUCCCAAAACCUUGCUCAGUUCGAAGCUGCUCGUUUCUUCAUGGGUUUCGGCAACUCGCUCGCCCAGCUUUCCUCGCCUCUCCUCCUUACCGAGAUCUGCCAUCCUCAGCACCGUGGCCGUGUCACCGCCGUCUACAACUGCCUGUGGAACGUUGGUGCCCUGAUCUGCUCCUGGGUCUCCUUCGGCACCCAGAACAUCAACAAUGACUGGGCAUGGAGGACACCAACCCUCCUCCAGGGUCUGCCAUCCGUCAUCUGCAUCACCUUCAUCUGGUUCGUGCCAGAGUCCCCACGUUGGCUCCUGUCGAAGGACAAGGGUGACAAGGCCAAGAAAAUGCUCGCCUACUACCACGCCGACAACAACAUGGACGACCCCACCGUGCAGUUCGAAUACGAGGAGAUCAGCGAGACCAUCCGCCUCGAGUUCAUGGCCAAGAAGAGCUCCUCCUACCUCGACUUCUUCCGCACCAAGGGCAACCGUUACCGUUUGUCGCUCAUCCUCACCGCUGGGCUCUUCUCUCAAUGGUCCGGAAACGCUCUCACCUCCUACUACGCCAACAAGGUCUACAAAUCUGCUGGUGUCACGAGCCCCCGCGCCGGUCUCGGUCUCGAUGGUGGAAACAAGGUCCUCUCCCUCAUCGUCUCCAUCACCUGCGCUCUUCUCUGUGACCGCAUCGGUCGUCGCCCACUCUUCUUGGCUGCCACCGGUGGUAUGCUUCUGAUGUUCAUGUGCGUCACCAUCUGCUCCGCCGAGUACGCUCGCAGUGGCAAGGCCGGUGUGGGAUACGCCAUCAUCCUCUUCGUCUGGCUCCACGGUGUGGCUUACGCUUUCGCCUGGUCCGGUCUCCUCGUCGCCUACACCGUCGAAGUCCUCCCAUUCAAGCUUCGUGCCAAGGGUCUGAUGAUCAUGAACGUUGCCGUCCAGGUCGCGCUCGUCAUCAACAACUACGUCAACCCUCUCCCAUGGGCUGGUGCGUGGAAGCACACCGAGUGGAAACUCUACUGCGUCUACACCGCCUGGAUCGCUUUCGAGCUUGUCGUGGUUUACUUCCUCUACGUGGAGACCAAGGGCCCAACUCUUGAGGAGAUCGCUCGUCUAUUCGAUGGUGACCGUGCUGAGGUCGGCGCUGUCCACACCAAGGCCGGUAUCUCCAACGAUCGCUACGACGGCUUCGACAAGGAGGAGAACUUUGGCGAGAAGAACGAGGUCAUCACUGAUCACCGCGCGCUUUAA